CAGCUUCCGUUCAAGUUUAGGCUAGGGACGGGACUUUUUGAUAUCGGCCCCCAGGAGCUGCCAUACCGUACCUACACAAAAAAGCCAACAACCUUGCGCGGCAAGCAAAAGCUACCAAGUGGGCAACCUGAAGCCACCACACAGCGGUCAGACGCUGCCCUAUUAAUCCAACAUGAAGCUCGUCAGGUUUUUGAUGAAAUGCGCCAAUGAGACGGUGACAAUCGAGCUCAAGAAUGGCACAAUAGUCCACGGGACGAUCGCGUCCGUGUCCCCUCAGAUGAACACGGCGCUGCGCAACGUCAAGAUGACGCCACGGGGCCAGGACCCGAUACCGCUCGACGCCAUGAACAUCCGCGGCAGCACCAUCCGCUACUACAUUCUCCCAGAUAGCCUACCGCUCGACACGCUGCUCGUCGACGACACUCCCAAGCCCAAGAACAAGGCGCGCAAGGAGACGGACCGGGGCGGCAGGGGAGGCGGCAGAGGUCGCGGCGGCAGGGGUCGUGGCGGCUUUGGAAGGGGUCGGGGUUUCGGCAGAGGUAGGGGCUAGAGUUGGAUGGGGUGUGUGAGUGUGUGGUUUAUGGCACUUUGCGACUUCCGUUCGUUGUGGUGGUCCCCCGGCUUGCUCUCCCCGGCGCGUUCAGAGGUCCAUGUCCGGAUGUCGAUGUGACUGCGGCCCAGGGUUUCCUGAUGAAGGCCAUUUGGGCACGCCUCUCAGCUGUGGAUAUGCUUGGGAAAGGUCGGGCGACAGGCUGUCAGGAAGGAAUAUGGGGGUGAGGGGGAAUCAGGUCUCCAAACCAGAUCUCGUCGCAUCAUUAUCUUGAGUUUAGGACUUGGGAGUUUGUGGAGUACCAGCGGCAGAUGAAAAUAUCCUAGGAUACUGGAUCCGGGAAACAUGAAAUGGCCGGCGUUCCAGGAACAGGAAAAUCAAGCAUAUUCGUCCCGAGUUUGCAAAAUAUCAUAUCGUGCUGCCAUGUUUCUUUCCUUCUAUAGAUACGAACAGCACGUUGCUCAUGUUGAAUCUUGUCUGCUACGUCCACCAUCUCCCGCUAUAUCUCAC